AGGUAUGCGAAAAACAGAGAAAAUUAAAAACAGGAAUGACUACACCAUUGCCUUCUAAACUGGUCUUUCUCUCACAGCUCCGUUCUCUUCCGUCAGACUCCAAAGUGCGAUUCCUGGGCUGCGUAAGAACCUACAAUGUCGCAACAGGCCACCUCAUCUUCGAACACAACUACCCCCGCCAGGCAGGAAAAGACGCCAUUAUAGCAGUGGACAUCAACCCUCUACUUGAGACGAUUACAUCCGAGGAACUGCGUGUGGGCGCUUGGGUGAAUGUCCUUGGAUAUGUAAGAAAGCCAGUGCAAGGUACUGGUAAAGAGGAUUAUGUUGAAGCGGUUAUGGCGUUCCCGGCUGGACCGGUUUCGUUGGGGGAGUAUGAGAGGACUGUACGGAAUGCGCAGGAUGUGGAUUUGGCGAGGGGGCUAUGAGUUGAUUAACUUGCUAUUCUCGCAACAUACCAUUUCCGAACAUGCAUAUUGACUAGCCAGUUUGGAGACAAGAGACUUGGUUAAUCCUGCUUUAUUCCGGUCAUUGCACCGCUACAAUAUCUUGUCUUGUUCCUUUGUCUAGCUAUCUUCAGGGGUCCUAAAUUCAAACCUUUUCAAAUCAAUGUAGAUAAGGAAUUGCUUUAGAAGAGCGAAUACCGG